UUCGAGCUUGGACCCCUUGGACUUGGUUGGCUCUUGGCGUCAACCACUGGACCCCAGAAGAGCUGUGACUUCGUGGCCUCAAUUGGGAGCACGGAUCACCCAUUGGGAGUUAGGGGUUGUGGACUGCAUCUCCAGCUUCCUUGCCAAACCCAGCACGCGACUGUGAUCGAGCCGACGUCCGCCAUCCAUUCAUUCUCUCACUUCGUCGGCUUUCAGAUUUCUUUUCAGUUUCUACAGUUCUUUUAAUUCCCACACAAUGUCCUCCCCGCGCGCCGGCUCCCCCUCAUCCCCGGCCGCCGGCCCCGCCGGGGCCUCGGCCAGCGGCGCCUCGGCGCCGCGCCCGUCGUCGCCGCCUCCCCCGGGGGGCGCGCGCACCGCGAUCCGCCGCCGCGCGGCCGCCGACCAGAAGGAGAAGAUCGCCAACGCGCGGCCCAACAGCACGCGCGCGGCCGGCGCCGGCGGCUCCAGCAGCACCAUGCUGCGGCUGUACACGGACGAGUCGCCCGGCCUCAAGGUCGACCCGGUCGUCGUGCUCGUGCUGAGCCUGGUGUUCAUCUUUAGCGUUGUCGCGCUGCAUAUUAUUGCCAAGAUCACCCGCCGGUUCUCGAGCUAGAUGGGUUGAGGAGAUAUACCUUUGGAGCUGCGGCAGAAUUUACGGCGGGAGACACGAGUGGGUUGUGGUCAACCGGCUUAUGCGGAUCGCAAAAGGAUCGGACCACCGCCGUGGUACGGGACGAGG